AUGGACCGCUUUCCGGAGGACUACUACCUCCACAACCUGCCUCUCCUCCUCCUCUCUGGCCUAGGCGCAGAAAACGACAAUGAUAUCGAUCCUUCGCGCAAGGCGCACAAUUUGCUACAAGAAGGAGGAUUCAGAAUUAAAAUAGAUGCUCCACGGGUUCAGGGAAAUAUUGCACAACUGUUGCAGGAGUCCUUCCGGGACCAAGAUGCUUCCAACCUUCCCUGGCAUAGUCAGUCUCUGACUUCAAGAAAUGGAAGAUUCUUCAAAAUCACAAGCGUAGGAAGGGCAUAUGCUCUCCCACCACGUAAAGCGCCCCCACCACCUCACUCGCCUCUGCUUUCUGCUUCUGUUGGAUCUGGAAAUCCACCACCACAGCUUAUUCUCCACUCUCCACUGUCACCUUUGACGCCCAGCUCCCCCUUGUAUCCCGAUGGCAUCUUCUCGCCCCUUUGGAUCUUGAAACACCAAUCUCGACUGCCGUGUGCAUUCAUCAGCUUCUUUUCUUUGGCAUCUGAUCCCAAUUCCAGUUCUCUAGAGGACAACAAGGUGAAGUCGGAAAUCAGCUCUGCUCGCAGCGUCAUUACAUCUACCAACUAUCGAACAAGGCUUGUGGUUGUUCUGAUUGGUGAUGGCCAUAUCAAUCCAUCCGAGCUUGACGAUCGAUUUAGCAACAUCCGGCGCUCCUCCGGUCUUGACAGCAAAAGCAUCUACUUUAUUCCUUUCAAUGCGUCGCCGGUUGAGGUCAAGGAGUUUGUCAACACUGUCUUAUCCUCAAUUCAUGCUUCAUGUGUAGAUUAUUACCGCGACCUUUCAAAGCACGCUCGUCGCAAGCGUAGUAGAAACGUGGUGCCCCAACCCACUGUACAGCCAGGGAGUGCACAUGUUCUCUCUUUACCGGGAUGGAACGUCAGGUACGAAUUCAAACUGGGAGUUUUCGCAGAGUUCAGGCAGGAGAUGGAUGCAGCCUGCCGAAACUACGAAACGGCCUAUGAAGGCAUAUUUGGUGCCGAAAUCAUGCACGCCAUUCCAGUCUGGAGCCCUCGUUUUAAUGAGGCCAGACUCCUUGCUGAUAUCAUCGCGCUGCGUACGCUCAGGUGUCUGUUAUGGACCGAUCAAGGUUCAACCGCCGUCAAAUCAUGGAUAACGCAUCGUGAGCGUAUGAAAGACCUUGUCAAUAGGAGGACCAAGGGAACAGAAAACUACGCGUGGGAAGCCUGGUUGAGCAUGUGGGCUACUGCUAUGGCCGACUUGAUCUCCAGAUCACAAUACCCCUUACUAUCUGCCAGAAUUUCAGACAGCUCGGAUCUACUUCCAGUAUUUGCUGUCCUUGAAAAGUCCCUUGUUUCAACGGAGCGCGCAAUUCCAUGGGAGCUACUGCACCAUGAAGGCUAUUGGCUGGAGAUUGCGAGAAAGGCCACGGUUGCUCGGCGGACAUGGGUGCAGCAAUUACCUGAGGAGGAAAGACAACCACCGGGACGUUCACCUGCAGGAGUCGCUGCAAGCAAAUCUCAAUCAUACAACACAUAUCUAGCGCUUGAGCCAUAUCGUGAGUAUCCGUUGGAUGGAUCACAAGGCUACGACUAUCAAGGGGCCAUCACAGCAACUCUUACUAGCGCGAUUGAACAUUUUGCGAAAAGAGGUCAAUUGCGUAAGACUGAGAUUCUCAAGCUCGAGAUGGCACUUGAAAGCCUCGGUACGCAGUCUUGGAAAGAUGCGGUCACUAUUCUGCAACCACUUUGGUCAAGCGUAUCGUGGAGGGCCGGUGGCUGGUGGACGCUAUUACAACAUAUUGGUUGGGCCAUGCACGAUUGUGCAGUUCAUUUGCAAGACUCGGAAUUAUCAAUUCAGCUCCUGUGGGAACUCUCAAGCAAUGUGUUCGAACAAAAGGGUGGGCUUAACUACAACUUGGGUGGCCCUGAUAGUAUACCUUCAUCAGAUGGGCAAGUCGCUUCGGUUUCGAUUAACAUGGACGAAGCCCUCUCACCUUUGGUUCCGAGAUUUGCUUUUUCUAGCCACAACGUCUCUGUCGGUACGCCGCUUACUUGUCAGCUAUCAUUAGAAGCUCGAAUGGGAGCUGAGAUGCCACCUAUUCCUCUAGGCGAAAUCAAAGUGGUCUUUGAAGGAGCCCUCAAGCCUAUCUAUCUGGUUUCCCAACCAAGUGCGCCCCCGCCUAGUGUAUCUUCCCAGGUUGAGCUUUUUGCAAUUGUACUGCAAGACUCUUCCAAGCUUUCGAGCCCUGCAAGCAAAAGGUCGUCAACUGGGUUGGUGGCGUCGGAAAUAGCAUAUGCUGAUUUGACCAUUCAUUCUGGUCAGACUCGAAUCUUUCAAUUUGAAGUCACUCCACGGGAGGCAGGGGAGUUAUCCGUUGCAUCUAUCACUCUCAUACUCAACCGGACAAAUAUGAGACUUGCCGCGACCACGUCCAGCUUUGAACACUCCACCACAAAUUGGUGGGAAAUGAAAGGAGGAGCCCCUAUUCUUCGCUCCCUCGGACAAGAAUCAAACGCGUACAAUUGCAUUGACGUACAGCCAAAGCCACCGAAACUUCAAAUUCAUGCCCCCGGCCUCCGCAAAGCAUACUAUGUCAAUGAGACGAUUCAUGUGGAGUUUGAGUUAUUGAAUGAAGAAAGCGAGGACGCUUCAGUAAUGGUCGAGGCACGGAUGAUAAGUCCUAUCGCUGGGGCGGCAAAAGCAAAGUGGACGUACUCAGAAGUUGAUGACAAGUCAUUGCAUGAGUCAGUAAACGGUGUAAUCAUGCUAAAAUCUCAAGAUCUGGGGACAAUCAAGCCAGGCCAUAGCGAAAAAGUAUCGCUCCUCGUUAAUGAGACUAUCGUCGCUGUUGACCAUGAACUCGAAAUUGUGGCUAAGUAUCGACUUGCAAACGAACCCGAGACGAUAUCUGUCAAAAGCUUGACUGUCGACAUUGGAGUGAUUCGACCUUUCGAAGCGAAUUAUGAAUUUCUACCACGGCUAAGCCGGGAACCAUGGCCAAGCUUCUUUGAAGCGCCUCCAACGGAUAUAGACCCAUCAACGACUGCUUUAGGGUUGAAGCACCAAUAUACAGUGACUGCCAAUCUCUACUCAUUCGCGGCGGAGCCUCUUGUCAUCGAGGCAAUUCUGCUUACUGCCAGCAAGAUCGUGGGAGGUGCGGUUUGUUUCACAAGUACUGGCAUAGUUCACCCCGAAGGAAAUGCAACUGAGACAUCUACUGACAAUAUCAUAUCCUCGAAGAUUGACCCAGACCAGACUGAAAAAUUCGACUUUGAUUUGUCCAUUCAGAAGUUGGUCCUUGGAGACCGGAACAUUGUAGGCAUUGACUUGGCUCUUCAGAUCGGAUGGAGAAGGGAAGACUCCAACGAGGUGAACACAACGGUGCUUGAAGUUCCCAAACUCACUGCUCCAAUGGCCGAACCUCGUGUGAUGCUGACAGUCUCGCCUCUCCCUCAAGAAGAUUUGCACAUCUACCGCCUAGAUUUCAUGCUUGAAAACCCAAGCAUGCACUUCCUCACAUUCAAUAUCUCCAUGGACACAAGUGAAAAGUUCGCCUUCUCUGGACCGAAAUCGUCUGUUCUCAGCUUGGUGCCGAUGAGUAGAAACACUGUCUCUUAUCGCAUCAUGCCAAGCACAGAGGACGCAUGGAUUGGUGUCAAUCUCAACGUGGUGGACGCAUAUUUUGGACAGACACUCAAGAUUUUGCCAGGUGGAGAUGGGGUCAAGGUGGACAAGAAAGGAAAUGUAUUUAUCAAGGUGUGA